GGGGCGCUUGGCUGGGUUUCCUGGCGACGCAGGCCUGCUGGCAGCCGCUUCUCCGGCUGUUUUCCAUUUUUCCCUUCUGAAGCUUGUGGGAGGCCGGCAUGCCUUGGUUACUCUCAUCAACUAAGGUGGUUCCCGUUAUCGCCAGCGCCCGCAGCCUCUCAGGAUGCAUAUCCUGUUCACAGCGAAGAUACUCCCUCCAGCCCAUCCCAGAGAAGAGGAUUCCAAAUCGAUACUUAGGCCAGCCCAGCCCCUUCACACACCCUCACCUCCUCAGACCAGGGGAGGUGACUCCAGGACUAUCCCAAGUGGAAUAUGCCCUUCGCAGACACAAAUUAAUGUCUCUAAUCCACAAAGAAGCACAAGAGCAGAGUGGGACGGACCACACAGUGGUUCUGCUAUCCAACCCUACGUACUACAUGAGCAAUGACAUCCCCUAUACUUUCCACCAAGACAACAAUUUCCUGUACUUGUGUGGAUUCCAAGAGCCCGAUAGCAUUCUGGUCCUUCAGAGCCUCCCUGGCAAACAGCUACCAGCACACAAGGCCAUGCUUUUUGUGCCUCGGAGAGACCCCAGUCGAGAGCUUUGGGAUGGCCCACGAUCUGGCACUGAUGGAGCAGUAGCUUUGACUGGUGUGGAUGAAGCCUAUACACUGGAAGAAUUCCAACAUCUAGUACCAAAGUUGAAAGCUGAGACAAACACACUUUGGUAUGACUGGAUGAGGCCUGCUCAUGCACAGCUUCACUUGGACUAUAUGCAGCAUGUGGCUGAGGUCAAAGCCAGGAGCAAGAACAGAGUUCGCGCUGUCCAGCAGCUGGUACAGCGCCUCCGACUGGUCAAAUCUCCUGCUGAAAUUGAACGAAUGCAGAUUGCUGGGAAGCUGACAUCACAGGCUUUCAUAGAGACCAUGUUUGCCAGUAAAGCCCCUGUGGAGGAAAGCUUUCUUUAUGCAAAGUUUGAAUUUGAAUGCCGGGCCAGGGGAGCAAACAUCUUAGCCUACCCACCUGUGGUUGCUGGAGGUAAUCGGUCAAACACUUUGCACUAUGUGAAGAAUAAUCAACUCAUCAAGGACGGGGAGAUGGUGCUGCUGGAUGGAGGGUGCGAAUCUUCCUGCUAUGUGAGUGACGUCACCCGAACCUGGCCUGUGAAUGGCAAGUUUACAGCCCCUCAGGCAGAACUUUACGAAGCUGUUCUAGAGAUCCAGAGAGAUUGUCUGACUCUCUGCUCCCCUGGAACAAGCUUGGAAAACAUCUACAGCAUGAUGCUGACCCUGAUAGGACAGAAGCUUAAAGAGCUGGGGAUCAUGAAGAACAUUAAGGAAAAUAAUGCCUUCAAGGCUGCUCGAAAAUACUGCCCUCAUCACGUUGGCCAUUACCUCGGGAUGGACGUCCAUGACACUCCAGACAUGCCCCGCUCCCUCCCCCUACAGCCCGGCAUGGUGAUCACGGUGGAGCCAGGCAUUUAUAUUCCCGAGGAUGACAGAGAUGCCCCAGAGAAGUUUCGUGGUCUUGGUGUACGGAUUGAGGAUGAUGUAGUGGUGACUCAGGACUCACCUCUCAUCCUUUCUGCUGAUUGUCCCAAAGAGAUAAAUGACAUCGAACACAUCUGCAGCAGGGCCUCCUGACCCUCAUUGUAGCCCACAUGCAUCUCAGGUUCAAGGGUUGUGCACUGGCACCUGUGCACAUGAGCUUUCUGAGUGUUGUCUCUGUGUGUGUGUUUAUAUGUGGGUUUCAUUUGGGAGUGUGGGGACUGUGUGCAUGUAUGUAAUGGUGUGUGUGGUCUUUUUUUGUUUUAAGUAACUAGAAAUGGGGAAAAUUGAAUAUUUGGACUAUACGUUACUGCAACUUUAAUAACAUUAAUUCUGUAGAAUUAAUGACCCAGACAAGUUUAAUUUUUAAACAUAAAGAUAGUUCUUGGUUAUAUAUGUUCAUGCAUUCCAGUUAACACAUUUAAAUGCACAGAAAAUUUCUCCUCUCCAGGUCUUUUCCUUUCAGUGCUUUUCCUGAGAUCCACCUAAUAGCAUAAGAUAUUUGUGUGAUGCUUGUAAUCGGAGCAAUUCACCAAGGUCUCUGCCUAAGCUAAAAGCCACCCGUCAGUGAUUGUGCGUGGCGAAUGCAUGCCAUUCGUGCUGGUACCAACCUGUUCUGGAGCCUGCAUGCCUCCUGGAGCCAGAAGAGCUCUCAUGGCACUGGUGUCCUGCAAUCCCACUGUGUAGCCACCAUCCAGAUUCCAGCAAUACUAGCUGUUAGACAAAACGGUUUUGAGCCUUCUUGCUACUUGGUUGCCUAGGGCCUGGAAAAUGUUCAGGUUCUUGAAAAGGAAGGACAUGGAAGAGAAAGAAAAGUUUGUAAGUGUCUGCUGCAGAUCCAGACCUCCAUCCAUCCGUUCUCAGUCUGAGGGUGAUUCCUUCCGCAGACAUCCAUGCUUCCCUUGUAGGUUCUUCAUGCCCUGCCCUUGUAGCACACUCCUGAAGCUGCUGCUCUGGCCAAGGGCAGAUCCGUUACUUACCUAGUUAAAGUGAGAGGAACAGCACCUAGUUUUCAGGGAGAUAUCCCUGUUAUCAUUCUGUGAUUUCCUCUAGUGCUAACAAAAACAAAAUAUGUAACCCACCAAGUGCCUAUAAACAGCCUAAGACUUUUUUCUUUCUCUGCUUUUAGCACUGGAAGAGUCGUAUCUCUCUCAAUACAGAAUUAUACAGGAACUCAGUUUGCAAACUGAACAAGGCUAGAUUUUUGCAGAUAGUUUAUUUGGGAGCUUCUGUCAAAAAGAGAAGCUUUAAGAACUAGUAUGUGUCUUUUAAAACUGGGUAUGAACCUAAGAUGUAUAAAACAUGCUGAUUACUGGAGCACCAAUUUGAGGGCUUUUGAGAAAACAUUUGUAUUAGCAAAGCACAGGCUAGGGGAUUAGCACUCACUGCAGUGACAGAGGCUCGUCCAUUUUACCAGGAAAACCCAAGGUACGGAACCCAAAGCAGACAGGCAGUGACUCCCAUCAGGAGACAACGAUCAUACAAUUAACCAAAGUGAUACAGAUCGAUCGUGUCCUGACAGCGUUUACCCACCGUGCUUGGCUUUGUUAACCUGAUGUAAGCAGCUGUGGGAACGGAUGGCCACACAGCUGGAGGCGUCCUCCCUGUGCUACUUCCCAAAGGGGCGGGGAUGGGGGGGACUGAAAAGAAAUCCACAACUCAGGCUUCGCACUCUGGGCCUCUGUGGCCCUAACAGCCCUUAGUUUGGGUUUCCUUUGUUCAUUCAAAUCCUGGAAUAAGGAAUUUCCUUUUCUCCCUAAAAGUCAUUUUCUGUGGUCUUCAACAUUCUAACUAAAUGCUUUGGCAGGUUUUAUGUACAGCAGCACUCACGGACGUGAAACAGACUCCUUCCAGGUAGAUUCCAGUCAAGUUGUACAGGUGUUACAAGUAACAGUUUGAAGGCUCUUGGGGAGUUGUGCUGAUUUUUAGUCCCUGAUCCAGGUAUAUUGUGCUUUGAGUCCCGACUAACCAUUGCAGGUGAACAUUUGAAUCAGCCUGUCAGAACCUUCAUGAGAUGGCAUCGUGAACAUUCCGGGUGAUGUGUAGGGGCUGUCUGAUAGGGCCAGGAUUUGUGAGCGACUGAUUGUGCACCGUGCAGGAAUCUCAUCCAUUCUUCGCCACACCCCAGACAUGCCCCACAUUUCCUUCCAUGUCUGAGUGUAGUAAGUACUUCAUUUUUAUACCAGGCUCUCCUAGAACAAAAACUUUAGUUUUAAAAAAACCUUUCAAAUGCUCCACUGGAAUUUUUCUCCCUGAAUUGAGUAGAUGAGCUUGAAUCAUUAACAAUUUCAUCUAAAUGAAGGAAGCAUAUCUAGAGAGCCUCUGCCACAUACUUUUAUUUCAGGAAUAUUUCAGAAGUAAUUUCAGGAAUUGCUGUCCAUGCCCCCCAUCCCCCAUAAUCAGGAAACUGGGACUGUGAAGUAAAAACCUCUACUCUCCCAUAGUCCUAAUUUCCAAGUUAGGAAGCUGCUUCUGAUGGUGACGUCACGUUCUCUGUGUGGGUUUUAAGCCUGGGCAAAUACACUUCAAGCUAAAGUGUUUCAUGCUCCUAGGAGAAUGAGGAGAUGAAUACAUCAAGAAGCCCUAACAUGAGGGCAGAAUUCCGUUGUCGCAAAGCUCGUGGGUCCUCCUGACUGCUCUUCAGGCCUCUGCCUCCGUCGUAUGAGGAGCUUGGAGCGAGCAUCAGUGCCAUGCGGAUCAGGGGUCCCCUUGGAAUCAAGGCCUCCUGGACUGUACCUGUGAGGAGCUGAGAGAACUGUAGUCUUUCUCAGCAUUUCUUAAUGCUUUAUAUGACUUUGUGCAAUUAUAUAAAUUUGAUUUGGACAAAUGUGUUACUUUUAAGGCCCUUUCACUGAAUAUAGUAUGUCAUUCCCCAAAAAGGGAGAAUCGUUUGUUACUGUCAUUUUAAAAAUAAAUUAUAAAACAAUAAAA